CUGUAGAGUUAUCCACUCUUCGUUAAUCAAUUUCUUCUCCUCGUGUUUUUGCCAGAAGAAAAAAAGGCUUUAAUUGAUGUGAUUUUAUUGUUUAAUAAUGGGCAAGAACGACAAGGGCCAAGUUCUUGGUCGUAGUAUUAUCAAGGAAAGAUUCGCUAAGAAGAAACACGGAGGACAGAAAUGUUUUGUACAUACAAGUGAACUGAACGAUGGCUAUGAGUGGGGCCGGCUCAACCUUGCAUCUGUUACUGAACAGAGUAACCUGGAAGACUUCCUUGCCACUGCAGAAUUAGCAGGCACAGAGUUUACUGCUGAAAAACUUAAUGUAAAAUUUAUUGACCGCCCAAAUGACAGUGGUUUGCCAAGUGCAGAUGAACUGAAGCUUGUGAAAGCAGUCCAAGACAAAAAUAAAGAAUUGCUACGAAUUCCUCGAAGGCCUGACUGGGAUUCCAACACAACACCUGAAGAACUUGCUGCCAAGGAACGAGAACUCUUUCUUCUGUGGAGGAAGAGUCUGUCUUUGUUACAAGCAGAAGACCAUGUUACAUUGACUCCGUACGAAAAAAAUCUGGACUUCUGGAGACAACUUUGGCGUGUUCUUGAACGAAGUGAUGUGAUUGUGCAGAUUGUAGAUGCAAGAAACCCUUUACUGUUUCGCUGCCAAGAUGUUGAGAAAUACGUCCAUGAGAUAGAUUCUACCAAAGUCAAUGUUAUUCUAAUCAACAAAGCUGAUUUCUUGACAGAGAAACAGAGGCAAUAUUGGGCCAAGUACUUCUCUGCUGAAGGAGUCAGGGUUGCUUUUUGGUCAGCCAUAGAAGAAACUAAGAAACAUCAACAGAUGUCCAAGACACAGGAACAAGAAAGGUCAGAUAUUCCUGAAGAGUUGAAAAAAUUGGCAGAAAGUGUACAAGAAAAUGCUGCUGUUGAAGAAGAUGCUGUUGCCAGUCCUAACAAUUCUACAGUUAAAGAUGAUGAGAAAGAUGGCAAUGAUGCUGAUAACCAUGUGGGUGAUUCAGUCAAAGAUCUUGGCAGUUCCUCAGCAGCUGAACCUGAUCAAGCUGUUGUGCCUGAAUCCACGACCACUGACAUCAAGUCUGUAGAAUUGGCCCCGGAGAGUCACAGUUCAUGCCAUGAAAUGCAGUCAAAGACGAAAAGCGGUGUUGAAGAAAUGAUGAGUACUUUGUGCCUCUCUCCUCCCGAUUCUCAAGAAGGCAGCUCAGUUGAGAAAGACAGUGUGAAUACGGACUGUGAAGGAAAAGAAAAUGAAGACGACAAAGAUGGUGAUGAUGAGGAUGAGGAAGAUAGCCACCAGGUAAUAACAGAUGCACAGGAUACAAAGACUACUGCUCCAUCACAAACCUGUGCCAUAGAGAACUCAGCCGAAGUGCUGGACACACACAAGCUGCUAGAAUUUCUGAAAUCCCUUCAUGUCGGUCCAACAUAUCAACCAGGUGUAACAACCUUAGGAAUGGUUGGUUUCCCGAAUGUCGGUAAAAGUUCCACCAUCAACGCCAUACUUCAAACUAAGAAGGUCCCAGUUUCUGCUACUCCAGGACGUACCAAACAUUUUCAGACGCUGUUUGUUGAUAAAAGUGUGAUGCUGUGUGAUUGUCCAGGGCUUGUCUUUCCUUCAUUCGUUUCAACUAAAGCUGACUUGAUUAUCAAUGGAAUAUUACCGAUUGAUCAGUUGCGAGACCAUGUCCCACCUGUCUCUUUGGUCUGCCAGCAAAUUCCGAGGACAAUUCUUGAAGACAUCUAUGGUAUUAUGAUACCUAAACCCGACGAAUACGAUGACCCAGAUCGUCCACCCACAGCCUUAGAACUUCUCAAUGCUUAUGGCUACAUGCGUGGCUUCAUGACUCCAAGUAGUGUCCCAGAUUGUCCAAGAUCUUCUCGUUAUAUUCUUAAGGAUUACGUCAAUGGAAAGCUGUUGUACUGUCAUCCCCCUCCUGGGGUCUUAGCUGAAGAUUUCAGCGAUGCUCUGGAGACAUAUUCCAAAAAAGUGAAGAAGGAAACUUCUGAAAACUCGCAGCUGAGACAUUCUCGUCAAAAGAUGCUUGAUUCCUCUUUUUUCUCUAAUAAUUCUGCAAGCUAUGUAUAUUCAAAGGGCAAGAGAGGAGUCAAAGGUUAUGCACGACUAGAUGGACUGAAGCAGGUUGGCUUGUCAGAUGGUGACCCAAACAAGAAACCAGGCAAGAAGCACUACAAUAAGAACAAGAAAGAGAAACUGAGGCGGGUGUAUCACCACCUGGAUGAACACUGAGGUCUUGCCAAGAGGAAAUGUUAUUAGUGUGAGAAAUAGAUGCAUUAUAUGUACAA